AUGGAAAUAGAAGAUUCUAAAUAAGUUUAAACUGAGGUAUUGACCAAGACCAAAGCAAUUUAAAAAGAAAGCAAAUCUUAAAAUUCUGCAAAUGAUGCUAUUGAAAGCUAAUCUAAAAAUGGCAAAAGCAAAGCAGGUAGCAAACAAGAAAUUCCUAAGGAAGAUUACAAGACCAAACUGAAAAUCUGCAAGUUUAUUAAAUUGUUCCCCUAAUCGAUUGAAUGCAUGGCUUAUAGUGGUAAGGAACUAAAUUACGUUGCAGUUUCAAGAGCUGAUUCUAGUAUUGAAAUAUGGAGAAGUACUAAUUGGUCUCAAAUCAUUAAAUUUUAAAACAGUGAAGCUGAAAAGGCUGUCCAUUUAGUUUUUUAUUAUUUGGAAGACAGCAAAUAGACAGUUCUUCUAGCUUUUUGUGCUAAUGGUUUGAUUAAACUUUACGAUUUCAAUUCUCUUAAACCCAGACACGAAUACACAAAUCCUGGUGGCUACAUUUGGGGUAUAAGCAAGAAUCCUAACACUUAAGAAAUAUUAACAGCUUGUGAAGAUGGGUUUUUAAGAAUAUUCAAUGUUGAUGAUGAAUUAGGAUUAAAAAUAAGAUUUGUUUCAACAGUCAGAAAUUUCGAGGAAAGAGCUAUUGAUGUUUGCUGGGAUUGUGAGAACCCUGAAGAGUUUUAUGGCAGUUAUGAUAGUGGAUUGAUUCGUAAAUUUAACAAAGCAAAGCAAGUUGUAGCUACUAUGAAUGUAAAGGAGAACUAUGAAAAAACUGUUGGCUGGCGUAUAUUAAGUAUGAAGGAAAACUAGUUAGUUGUUGGAUGCAGCGAUGGUCAAAUCAGAAUUUUUGAGACACGUUUUGGUACAGUUUUGAGAUCUUUUAGAAAGCAUGAAGCUGAUGUGAUGACUUUGGCAUACAAUUAAUCUAAAGACUGCUUUUAUGCAUCUGGCGCUGACUCUAAGAUAGUUGUUUUUAAGCUAAUUAGAGGAGAAUGGGUUUUGAUUUCAGAAGACAGAGGUUAAUCUCAUGAUAUUAAGAGUUUGAUUCUGAUCGAUGAAGGUAAUGCUCUCAUUUCUGGUGGUUUGACUACUGAUAUUUGCCAGUAUGUGAUUGAAUAAGAUGGUAAAUUCUAGGAAAGAGCUGGGUUCAAGAAAGGAGAAAAAAAGAAAUUACGUCACAUUCUAGGUCUUGACCAAAACUUAGAAAACUCUUUGUAAAUCACUCAAGACAACUUUUUACUCUUAAAAAAGGCUUUUUCAGUUGAAUUGUGGGAAUUUGACACUGAUAACUUAAAUUACUAAUUGUUGCUAGAAGUAAAGACUAAAAGCUAUAUUUAGAGUGCUUCCCUUAGUGCUCUUGGAGAGUAUCUUGCCUAUUCAACUGAAAACGAAACCUACGUUUUCGGUUUAAUGACUACAAUUUCAGGAACUGGUUAAAAAAGUAUUAAAUUAUAAAAAUUAUGCACACUUCCUCCUUAGAUCUUUGUGAAAUUUUCAGAAGGACAAGCUGUUUCUCAAUCAACAAGUAAAAACAGUGGUUUCUUGCUUAUUCUUGACUUUUAGAGAAAUCUCUAAAUGAUUAAAUUAACUGAUUAAUUCGAUUUAACCUUGGAAUAAAUAGCUACUUUAGAUGUAGAACUCUCCACAAGUCAGCAUGUUGUAUUGGGUCCUAAGAACAAGAGUGUAUUUAUAGGAUCAAAAAUAAAUAACACAAUCGUAGAAAUUGGCCUAUCGACCAAGAAUAUGGGUAACGUAUUAUUUGAAGUUCCAUAACUUUGCGAAGGCUUCCACUUUAAUCACAUCAAAGUACUUCCCUCAACCAAAUAGCUUGUCUUAUCUUACGAAAACAGAAAAUUCGCCAUUUUCGAUUUGAUUACUAAAUAACCAAGUAAAUGGACAAAAGACAACUUCGACAAAUUGCCUUAGUCUUAUCUCAAUCGUAAUAACCACAUUAUGGGUAUCUUAAAGCAUCCUAAAGUACCUCGUAGAAUCAUCCUCUACACAUCUGACUCAUUCAUAAUUGUUGACCUCAACUCUAAAGCCCCUAAAUAUUCUAUCUUCUAGCGUCCAGAACAGCCUGAUAAAGAAGAUAUAAGCAUUUCAUUCACUAUUAAAGAAUUCUCUAAGCCUGUAAUUUUUGCAAGAGAAGGAGUUUCCAACUCUGAUAAGAUAAUAAAUGAAGAUUCAAAUAAUAUAAUUCUAUUCUAAAUAGAUUUUGCAGAGAUGUUGGCUAACCUUCCUGGAGCUGUUAUGGCAAAGAAGUUCGGAAACUGA